AUGGCCAACGCAACUAACCACGCGCACACAGGGCCUAAUGGCGCGAGCAUAUCCCGCCCGCUCACUCCAGGCGUUUACGCCCCUAUCCCUACCUUCUUCAAGGCCGGAUCCGAGGAUCUCGACGUUGACGCGCUGAGGUCACACGUCGUUCGCGCAGCGAAGGCCGGCGUGCGCCCCCUGAUUGCCGGCUCUAUGGGCGAGGCGUUGCAUCUCACGCACUCCGAGCGUAUUGAGAUUAUUCAUGCGGCGCGCGCAGCAUUGGACGAGGCGGGUCUCACACAAACACCCAUCAUUGCGGGCACGGGCACAGGGAGCACCCGAGAGACCGUGGAGUUGACCAAGGAAGCUGCUGCUGCAGGGGCGGACUACGCCAUCGUAAUCGCAAGCGGCUAUUUCGCUGGGGCGCUGACCAAGAAGGCCCUGAAGGCCUUCUGGGCGGAGGUAUCCGAGAAGAGUCCUAUUCCGAUUCUUAUCUACAACUACCCUGGUGCCAGCGGCGGCAUAGACCUUGACUCAGACCUCAUCACAGAGCUCGCCAUAGAGUACCCGAACCUAGCCGGAGUAAAACUAACAUGUGGCAACGUGGGCAAGCUCACGCGGAUCUGUGCGACUGUUUCCGAUGCUUCCUUUUCCUCGUUAUAUCCUCGCAAAAACCCGGACGCCCCGUUCCUGGUGCUGGGCGGAUACGCCGACUUCUUACUCCCAUCAGCGUACGCAAAUGGCCAUGGUGCUAUUACUGGCCUCGCAAAUGUCGCUCCGUAUACUAUCGUGCGGCUCUUCGAGCUCUCGGAGGGAGUGCGCACGAACCCCUCCUUACUCCCAGAGGCUCAGCGCCUCCAGGGCAUUGUCGGCAGGGCCGACUUCACGAUUGCGAAGGCCUCGAUUUCGGGUACGAAGGCACUGAUCGAGAAGCUGUACGGCUAUGGUGGCCUCCCGCGUAAGCCGCUGCCUCCAAUUGAGCCCGAUGCCUUCGAGGCGCUCUGGGCACACCCGCAUGUCCAGGACAUCGUCAAGGUCGAGCGGGAACUCAGCGGGAAGGCGAGCUCAUGA